CAUGGACCCUUAGCUAAGAGAUGAACAUAGGUAACUUUUAGAGAAGAAUCAAAAGUAAUUAUUAACUUAUGGAACUUCUGGCUUUAGAGAAGAAUCAAAAUAUUUGAAAUUUGUAGGUUGGAGAGUGGGAAUCUUUAUUGGAUAAAUGUCUAAGAAUACAACAUUAAAAUUAGGAGUUAUGAUAACAGCAUCACAUAAUAAGAUUAUUGAUAAUGGUUUUAAGAUAGUACCACCAAAAGGUGGAAUGCUUUCAAUUGAGGAAGAAUAGAAUAUAGAAAUAUUUUAUAAAUCUGAAGAAAUUGUAUAAUCUGAAACAUAAUAUGAUACUGGAAUAGUAUAUGUUGGAAGGGAUACUAGACCAUCUAGUGAAUCAUUAUGUUAAAUAGUUUUAGAUGGAAUCAAAGAAGCAGGAGCAAUUGGAAUUAAUUUAGGAAUAGUUACAACACCAUAAUGUGCAUUUUUAGUUUAUGCAACAAAUUUAGGAUUAGUUAAUUAAAUAGAAUCUAAUUAAUAAUUUUUUGUUGAGUAUUUUUGUAACAUCUUUUUACAAUUAAUUAAAAAUCCAAUUAAAGGAACUUUAGUUAUUGAUGGAGCAGAAGGUGUUGGAGGAAUUUGGAUAAAAUAUUUUUAAGAAAAAUUAGCAAAUGUAUUAACAAUUUAAAGAAUUAAUUAUGGAGAUGAACCACAUUUAUUAAAUGAUGGUUGUGGUUCAGAAUUUGUAUAAAAAGAAAAAAAAUUACCUAAAAAUUUUGUUUAUGAUCCUAAUUAUAGAUAUGCAUCAUUAGAUGGUGAUGCUGAUAGAUUAGUUUAUUAGUAAUAAUUAUAUAAUAUCAUAGUUAUUUUGAAUAAAAUAAGUUGUAAAUUAUUGAAGGUGAUAGAUUUGCUAUAUUAUUUGCUAUGUAUAUAAAAUAAUAACUUUAAAAAAAACCUGAUUUAAAAUUAUCUAUAGGUAUUAUAUAAACAGCAUAUGCAAAUUCGGCAUCAACAAAAUAUAUUACAGAAAAUUUAGGAAUCUAUGCUAAAUAUGCACCUACAGGAGUCAAAUAUUUACAUAGAGUUGCUCAUGAAUUUGAUAUUGGAAUAUAUUUUGAAGCAAAUGGACAUGGAGCUGUUAUUUAUAAAGAUCAUGUUUUAUCUUAACUGAAAGAAUUUGAACUUUUUGAACUUGAAUUGUUUUUAAAACUAUCAAAUUAAGCAGUAGGAGAUGCCAUUAUUAAUAUAUUAAUGACUGAGUUUUUAUUAAAUAAAUUAGAAAUUACUAUUUAAGAUUGGUUGUUAAUCUAUUAAGAUUAUCCUGCACUUUCAACAAAGUUAUAUGUAAAAAAUAAAUAAAUCAUUAAAACCAAUUAUGAAGAAACAUCUUUAAUUGAACCAAUAGGUAUAAAUAAUUAUUAAUUAAAAGAUCUUAAAUAAAAAGUAGAUGAAAUAAUGUCUAAAUAUGAUAAUUCAUAUAGAACAUGUAUUAGACCAUCUGGUACUGAAAAUGUAGUAAGAAUUCAUAGUGAAGGUCCCUAAGUUGAAAUUGUGAAGGAAAUCGACUUUAGAAUCAAUGAAUUGUUAAAAUCAUAUAUGGAAAUAUGA